GAGAGAGAGAGAGAGAGGUGGUGUUGGGAAUGAAGUUAGAGAUCUUCGCUCCCCGAAUCUCGUACGAGGACAAGACGGCAAGCGACCUGGAAGGCACCAGCGGCAGCUGUGCCCCGUCGUCGCCCCUCUCGGCUGCGGGCGAGGAUGACCUGGGCUCUGAUGAGGACUGCGCAGCCAACAGCCCGUCCUGCAGCAACAGCAGCGCAGGGGACCUGGCGACCGACUACAGCCACAGCGGCAGCAGCAGCGGGGCCGAAGGGAGCGAGGGCGGCUGCUCAAGGGAAGACCCCUUGUUGGCAGCCCCAGCCUCCGAAGGCACUUCAACUGAGCCAGGAGGAAACUCCAGCGGGAGCGGCGGCGGCGGCGGCGACGGCGGCGACGUCGGAGGCAACCCCGGCGGCAGCAAUUGCGAGGGAGGGGGCGGGCGGAGCAAGCCCUAUACUCGGCGACCGAAACCCCCUUACUCUUACAUCGCGCUUAUCGCAAUGGCCAUUCGAGACUCAGCCGGGGGCCGCCUGACCCUAGCCGAGAUCAACGAGUAUCUCAUGGGCAAGUUCCCCUUCUUCCGCGGCAGCUACACGGGCUGGCGCAACUCGGUGCGGCACAACCUCUCGCUCAAUGACUGCUUCGUCAAGGUGCUGCGCGACCCCUCCCGCCCCUGGGGCAAGGACAACUACUGGAUGCUCAACCCCAACAGCGAGUACACCUUCGCCGACGGGGUCUUCCGCCGCCGCCGCAAGAGGCUCAGCCACAAGGCAGCGGCGCCGCAGUCCUUGCAGCCCGAGGAGAGCGCUCCAGGCGCGGCCGCCGCAGCCGCAGCCGUGGCAGCGGUUCACCCGGUCGGCGCCGCCCGCCUGCUGCUGCAGCCGCCUCCACCUCCUCCUCCUCCUCCCCCGACCUCGAUGGGCCGUGUCCCUGGCGGCAGCGGCGGCGGCGGCUCAGUACCCUCUUCUUCCACCUCCUCCUCGUCCCUGUCUCCGUCCUCCUGCUCCCCCGGAUGCAAGGAGGAAAACACGAGCCCGGCGGGCAAGUUCUCCAGCUCCUUUGCCAUAGACAGCAUCCUCAGCAAGCCCUUCCGCCGCCGCGGAGACCAGGGCGCAGAGACUCGGUCCUACCCCCAGCCCGCGAGGCUGCUGUGGUCCGCGGCCGCUGCCGCCGCCGCCACCGGCGCUUCCCCCUUACCCCGCACUGCUGGAUACCCGACCUUGACUGCCUUCCCUCCGGCCCCGCACCCCCAGCAGCAGUCCCCGCUGUUCCCCAGGGGAGGUGCGCGGGCGGCCAGCGCCGGCGGGACCCUCUUGCAGCUGUACGCAUACGGAACGGGCGAGCCGCUUCUCCUGGAGACUCGGAGGAGGGAGACGCCGCUGGCUCCGGCUUCCGAGCCUCUUGCAGAGCAGCCCCAAGCGCCGCAGCUUUUCCUCUCGCCUUCCUUUUCUCCCGCAGCCCCGGCCAAGGCUUUCCGAAGCCCGCUGGCCGCGGGCAGUUCGCAGUUGUACUGCCCCCUCCGGUUAUCCGGAGCCUUACAAGCGGCCUCGGGAUGCGGCCCCAGCACUUACCAACCUUACCCCAUGGAGACUCUUCUCGCCUAAAUGGGACAAUGUGGAGUGAGAGAUGGUGGUGGGAUUUGGACUGGGGAAUGGGAGGGGGGAGAAGAGAGAAAAUCAGGGCUCUGGGUUUUGCACUUUCUACCCAGAGACUU